GGGGUUUUAAAACGUCAGUGCGUGAAGGAGACCUGCUGCCAGUCUGCUAGUACUGACACACGCGACGCACGAGGAGUUUGCGCUCCAGUCAGCCUCUCUUAAUAGGAUCCUAACCAUCACAAACAGAUAAAAUCGCGGAUAACGGAGAUGAUUUUACUCACAUGCCAACACUAAACGGAGUAAAGUGGACGCUGUCUUCUCCUCUUUUAUCGCAGCGCAAAGAUGAAGUGUUCCCUCAGUCUCCACGCGCCUUUGGAUGUCACCCGCUCCGGUAAUCUCUCAAAGUAGCGUGAGUUUUCCGUGACAGUAAGCAGGUGGGAUUCCACUCACAGGAGAGUUUUUGUUGGACAUGGGACCGGGUCUCGGCUGUUUUGGAUACGGUACCGGAGGAACAGCGUCUUCUUGAACGGAGAGUCUGUAGGAGACCGACGAGAUGCGCGCCGACCACGGCUUCAUUCUGCUGCUCCUCAACGGGACAGCGUGCUUGCUGGCUCUAGGACAGGAAGAUACCCACUCCUCCUCCUCUUCCUUUCCCUCAUCUGCAUCAAAGUCCUCCCCCUCUUCAGACUCCUCCAAAACUCUAGGGGUUCUGGGAUCUCCGGGCUCUAUUUCCCCUUUGAGCCGCUGGGUGAUGCACAGCCGUGGCCGUGCUGCCAACACUUCAACGAUGGAGUUGCCCUACCGCUCACCCGUUCCCUUCUCCAAACAGGAAUUCUGGGAAAUGUUGGGCAGUGACCUCCUCAAAUCGGACACAGACGCACUGGGGACUUCCCGCGUCAAGCGUCGCCCUCCCAUCGUCAAAACAGGCAAAUUUAAGAAGAUGUUCGGCUGGGGUGACUUCUACUCCAACAUCAAGACGGUGCGCCUCAAUCUGCUCAUCACCGGUAAGAUUGUGGAUCACGGAAACGGAACCUUCAGCGUCUACUUCCGUCACAACUCCACCGGCCAGGGGAACAUCUCCGUCAGCCUGGUGCCUCCGGUGAAGGCGGUGGAGUUUGACUUAGAGCGCCAGAGCGUGGUCUAUCCCAAAGACUCCAAGAUCUUCAACUGCCGCGUAGACUACGAAAAAGUGGACCGCAGCAAACGCACCUCGCUCUGCAAUUACGACCCCUCCAAAACCUGCUUCCAGGAGCAGACACAAAGCCACGUAUCCUGGAUCUGCUCCAAACCCUUUAAGGUCAUUUGCAUCUACAUUUCGUUCUACAGCACAGACUACCGGUUGGUGCAGAAAGUCUGUCCAGAUUAUAACUACCACAACGAAAUGCCCUACCUACCCUCUGGUUAGCGCUUAGGUGGCGUUAAACCAGAGGGGUGAUGAGGGCUGGUCAAGGGGUAAAGAAAGAGUUUAAUUAUGGACAAAGGAACGUGAAUAUAAAUGCAAAGAUCUCUUGGGGAUAUAUGGAAAAGACUCUAAAGGGACAUUGAGCUGACAUGGGAAUGCCCCAUUAUGACCUGUGGCCUUCACAGGUGGUUCUAUAAAGGUGAAUGUACAGUAUUUGAUGUGCUGCAGUUGUUGUCUCGAAGAACCUCUUGAACAACCUGGCAAAUGUGACCUGCAAAACAUAUAUGCAAAACCAAAUUGUCAGGCCCAGGUGAACAGUCUUUGCUGCUCAGGGUGGGAGGGGCCUGUCUGUCAGAAUGACUCCCUGAUUGGCUGCCCUCAUCAGUGCUCAGUGUCACAGUCAUCUAAUAAAUACCUGCAGACAAUAAAACACACUGACUACUAUGCAGAGGUAAAAGAGGUGGCCCAGCUGAUAUAGAGGCUUAUUUUAACCUAUUUUAACACACACAUACAGCAUGCCGCACUGACACCUGUCUCCAUCUUUGUAUAAUAAAAAACAGAAAAUCACACCAGAAAUAGACAAGAAAGAAGGACACGAAAUGACCAGAUUAAAAAAUAAGAUAACAACGGGAAUUAAAGAGAAAGAAAGCAAAAGCAGGAAAUGUUGAGUCUGCAUUGAGCCAAACUCUUUAUUGUUACAGAAGAGAUGUUAUGUUGGUGUAGGAUUCCUGACUUUGUGCUGUGAUAACGGUUUCGCUGAAUGCAGGAUUCCUUCGUCCUUGCAGUCUGUGACAAAAUAAAAAUCUUAUCUUAAUUUUGCAUAAUUGAAUCACAUUGCAGAUUUUAAGAUUAGGCUCAGGUCUUCUCUGGAUGUUCAGGUAGAAUCAGAAGUUAAGUUGACCUUGAGUGAAAACACAGUUUAGCGGUGAUUCAUCAAAACAUUUAAAUAAUUGUUAAAUAAUUAAAUAAAAGCCAGCUCUAGAACAAAUGGAAACCUAAAGUUAUCUGGGUACUACUGAGAAAAAGGAAUAGUAUGAUGGGACGUACUGUAAAAGACAGCAGUGGGUGUUAUGACGUCUGCAAUGACAAGCAGGUGGGCAUGACAGAAACAAAGAGAAGGAAACAGGGGAUAUGUAUGUGAUGGAGCAAAAGAGGAUAUGAAAGGAAAACAGGUGACGCACGGCAUAAGCAAACGCGCACAUGGGGGAAACACAGAUGAGAAAAGGACACGGAGGAGAGAUACAAAAGAAGACAGAAAAACAAACUCGCAUUGCUAAAUAGAGAAACAUAAAAGCACAAUAUGAAACAUCAAAGUGUCUCACAGGAAAGCAGCGUUUUAUGAGCCCAUGAAUAAACCUUUUGCCUAAAGUUAAAUUCGGUACAGCGAAUGUUACCCUGCGGGGUUCCGUGUAAUUUAGUGAGUUAUGAGGACGGAAAUAUUCUGGAUAGAUCUGUUAAUCCAUGUUCUUAAAAGACGCACUAUUUAUUCCCCUCUAAUUCAAAAUUCAUUAUUCUACAUCCAAGCUCAUUACACAAAGCCUUUUCAUUGCACCUCUGCUUUCCAUCAAAGCACUAUAACACAUCGACAAUACCCUGUGCACCACUGUCAUCGGGUACAUUCACUAACUGUACUAUUCAAUAUAAGAAAAAAUAAUGAUUUCAUAGAAUAGCGAGUGACAAUAAGUCUCAGUUACUUCCAGGUAACAAUUCAGCAAGUCAAACCUGUAUAAAAUGUGUUCAUGAUUUCCACGCAUUAUCUUAAUUACAUACUGACAUUCAGGCCCAAUUCCCUACGUUAUCCCUUCAACACUUUCCCAUGCCCCUUAAAACAGAGUGAAAAGGGUUAAAAAUAUUCCCCUAAGAAAUGGGACACCACGACAUCGUCCUACGUCAAAGUAGAUGCAAUGUUUAUCACAUUGCCGCUUUCACCUGCAGUCAUAAAAGUUUAGUUACAGUGGCCAUAGAAGCCCAAAAGCAGCACACUACACCCCCCAUUGUUAGCAAUUCAGAUGCUUUUUCCUCCGUCUAUUCACGUUCCGGUUUUCCAAGGUCUGUUCACAAUCGCUGUAGUGGACUGGCAAUCUGAAGCACCGGAAGUUUUCACCGGUGUGCCGCCUCCGGAGAGGGAACAGACCGGGGAACCAGGAUGCGAUCAGAAGGGGGAACAAGGACGUGCUCCAGAGGUUACAUUUGUUCACAUGUUGCUGUACUAUUGUGCAAUGAGUAAAUACGGUAAAUGUUAGCAAACUUUUGCGAUUUUUUGUGAACAUUUCUUUUAAAACAUGGCUGUAAAUAUGCACAAGAUUGAAUGUAUCAUAAAACAAAUGAUUAUUUGUCAUUAAAAAGUUUAUUAAUGUGAAAAAAGACUUGAAUUAUACUCACAUGAGCAGCCAUGUUGACCCUACGUUUAAAGUGGGGUCCUGAAAAAUCUGCGUUUGAAGGGCUAUUUGACCCUACCCAUUCAACUAAAAGAGAAUUGGGACAUCCCUAGCCCUUCACGUUAACGCCCUAAACAGCG